GCAGUCCUGACUGCAUAAGGUCCCUAUUUACUAGCUGCAGUAAGCUGGCUGUCCUCGAGAUACUUCAAUACGUUAUUGGCCGUAGAUUCUCAAGAAAGUCGGACUUUGCGUCAACUGGUUAACUGUGGCGUUUGACCAUUUGUACAGAACGUUAUCGUGUCUGUAAUUUAUAUACUUAUGGUGUCCACGUUUAGUUAAAGAAAGAAACAUGCUUAGAUCUCUGAGGCCAGUGACCCAAUUCUGUACGUGAAACAAGCAAAGCAUCAGUCAAAGGUAUCAAUCAACUACGGAAAAAAAUAGUGUCAACAAUCUUCAACUGCAGCACGCAAGCUCGUUCCGCAAAACCUGAAGGGUAAGCGAACUGAAACUCAGCCUAUAAAAAUCCAUUCAAAAAGGUUUCAGGAUUUAGAAGUUUUGGGCAGUAGAAACUGAACAUUAUGAACGGAGAAGUUAUUUCAUUCCUAGCAACGAGCGCUUUUCUUUUCCUAAUAGCCGUAGGACCUUGUAGGGCUAGUUUCCUCUCCACAUCGCUCCAGUUCACCCGCGAUGCCUUGAUGGGUUUCUCGCAUGGAUCGGAAAGAAAAGUGGAAAUACUCACACCGAAGAAGACGAAAAGGAUCAUCAGUCUCGGUGAGCAAUACGCAGAGAAGCUCACUCAAUACCAUAAAUUGCCUCAGAUAAAAUCCGUUCAAGGGAAAAGCGGAUCCAGACCUAAAAUCCCCUUCCCAACGAAAGCCAUCACUCGAGAAGAAAUCACUUAUUCAAAUGAAAGGAAAACUUACAAACCACGCGUCUCACCAUCUAAUAAGUUCCUCGAAGCCAUCAACGACAUUGAACGAGCUGUGGCUAAAGCAAAGGCUUCAGGAUUUCGUAACAGGAAAGGAACCUUCAAUAAAUUGAAGGGACUGUUAGCGCGAGCGAUAAGAAGCAAGAGCUACAAAUAUGCUCGCGAAGUUCUCGGCAAGAUCAUGUAUCUCUUAAGCACAAAGUCGUCGGCACCACGACGAAGCAAGAGAAGCACCUCAGGGAGCAAUUUCCUUCAAGGUCUACGGAGGCAACUCGGCGCCUCGACGUUUGAUAGCUUCAUGGCUGUCCAAGGUGACGUGUCACUGAUGUUCGCCAUUGAUACCACAGGAAGCAUGGGAGAAGAAAUUCAAGCGGCAAAAAACAUCGCCAUAGACAUCAUAAAUUAUCCUCGUAACGCCAGUGUAACGAACUACAUUUUGUCGCCUUUCAACGACCCAUACCCGGGUACUGACAUCCCCAUAGUCAAAGAACAAAGCAAUGCUGGUGAGUUCGUAAAAGCCAUCAAUGCUCUUAAAGCCUAUGGCGGUGGGGAUUGUCCGGAGUAUACAUUCAAAGGGAUGCUGGAAGCACUCAAUCUUAUGCCAGAAUGGGGAUCCCCUAUGUACGUCUUCACGGACGCGGGCCCAAAAGAUGCUUCAGACCUACACAUCGAAGAAGUUAAGUUCUUAGCUGGCUCUGCUGAGUUGGGGGUGACAAUUAAUUUUUUUACCACAGGUUUCUGUCACACUCAUCUCCACUCAGCCUUCAAAGAUCUCGCUGAGCUCACCUCAGGUCAAACCAUUUCUCUUAUAAAUGACGGGGAACUGAAAAAGCUUAGUAAUCUGACAGCAACUGUGCUUGAUGGGACGAGUACUGUCAGUAUGGGCCGUUCAAGCUCACGACGCAAGAAGAAACGGAGCCUAAAAAAUACAACACCCAGUCGAUAUAACUUUCCCAUUGAUGAAUCCAUUGAAAAAUUGACUAUAACAGUAAGCACCACACGCCGGAGAACAAAUGGGCAAGGAAUCACCCUAACAGACCCCGAUAACAUCGAAAUUUCAGCUGAAAAGCUUAGUCUGUCCCAGAUCUCUGUCUAUCAGAUCAACCACCCCAAGAGGGGAGACUGGACCCUGGUUGUGUCAGGCGACCACGAGUUUCAAGUUAAGUCGAGCAGUGAAACGAAUGUCGACUUCGAGGUAUAUUUCAUCACUCGAAUACGGGUACGCGGGAGACAGACAACAGAAGUGCCUAUCUCUAACCCAGUUGUAGGUAAGCUGAAUAAGAUGCUCAUCACUGUCGCUGGUUCUGAAAAGCUCAACACAAGCUCGUUACACUUACAACUCAUUACCCCUGAAGGAGCUGGAAUAAGUGGCGUCACGCUGCAGACAACUGACAAUGUCCAUUUCACCGCAAGCUUCACGCCUCUCACGAGCCAGCCAUUCAAACUGCGGCUCAGCGGUAUCACUCGUGUCGGGAACACUUUUGAGAGAAUUUCUCGCCAGAAGAUCAAACCCUCCAGGACUCUGCUCAGAGUAAAAUACGCCAGUAAUGAUUACACACUUCCUUUAGGGAGAGUCACGUUUGUUCAUUUUCAGAUCUGCAAUUUUGGCGCAACAGAGUAUUUUGACGUGAAGGUCGUGAAAGAUCGAAUGGGUUUGAUUAUUACCCCACAAAUUCCACCCAAACGCAUCAUAAAAGGUCGCUGCGCGAUUAUAUCCGUCCACGCCAGAGCCACUCGUCCCCAGGACGUAGACAGGACAGACAACUUAUUUUUGAUGGUUAAGGGUCGCACAUCAAAAGUUCUUGCUUCACAGGGAGUGCGUCUUUUUGUUGUACCCUAAGCUGAGAUUUUGUGAUCCAACCAGGUAUUCCGUUGCCACAAAUUAAUA